AUGAAGCUGAGUCACGACUCCCUCCGCGGAAUCAGCUCCUUGUCGCUGCUGCACGCGGCCAACGCAGCUCUCUACAACCAGGACAUCCAGAUAUCCCAAGGAUCAGUAAAAGUCACUGCUGCCUUCAAUUCGAGCCCUGCCCCAUCCUACAUCUCCAACUGGAAAGACAUCUCCAACCACUGGCGACCACCUCAGCCAGCCCCGUCCUGGAACGGAACACUCCCGGCCACUUCAUUUGGCCCCAGCUGUCCCAGCUCGUCGGCCGGGGAUGGAAUCAGCGAAGACUGUCUGAGCAUCAACAUCUGGAGUCCCGCCAACUCGACCGAUGCCAAGCUCCCCGUCAUGCUCUGGUCCUAUGCCGCUGGCGGGGAAUCCAGCCAGUCUACCUAUGACGGGGCGGGCAUGGCGGGUAAGGGCAUCAUCUUCGUCAGCUACAACUUCCGCACUGGACCCCUCGGCUGGCUCACUCUCCAUCAGCUGGUCAACGAGACCGGGGCAACUGGCAACUAUGGCCUCUUGGACCAGAUCCAGGCACUCAAAUGGGUCCACGAGAACAUUGCCGCGUUUGGGGGAGAUCCCGACUCGAUCACGGUGGCUGGACAGUCCUUUGGCUCGGGGGCAGCCUACCACAUCGUCAACAGUCCUUUGGCCAAGGGAUUGAUCAAGGGCGCUAUUGCGGAGAGCGGCCUCAAGGACCCCUAUGAUCCGGACAUGUGGGGUUACGGUAGUGACUACCGGAAUAUGACCUGGGCAUAUGCCUUCAGUGAGACCUUCGCCGAGUCUCUGAACGCAACCAGCGUGUCAGACCUGCGAGCCUUGGAUCUUGACACCCUAUUGACCGGAACUGGGACAUCCACCUUCGUUGGUUUCGACCCGGUGCUCAACUACCAUUCCAUUCCCAACAAGUACAUCGUGAGUCUGGAGGAUGGUGCCCCCGACAAUGUCCCCAUCUUGGUAGGUAACAACAAGGACGAAGACGGCAGCAAUCUCAGCGUCACCUACACGGUGGCAGAGUAUGAGUCGGCGAUCAAGUCGACCUACGGACCCUAUGCCGCCGAACUUCUGGCUCUCAACCCAGCGAGCAACACCAGCGAAGCGACCGACGCAUAUAACUCCAUCCUCCGCUCUGGAUACUGCACCUCGACCUGGUCGUGGGCCGACCGCUGGAGCAAGUCCUCCGACCAGCCUAUCUACUACUACCUCUGGACUUACUCUCCCCCGGGCUCGGAUGGCGCCACGCACGGAUCCGAGGUGGUCUAUGGCCUCGGUAAUUUGUAUGCUCAGUCGGAGGACUACACGGAGACAGAUAUCGAAAUUGCUGACAUUAUGUCGUCCCACUGGGCGAAUUUUGUCAAAACUCAGAACCCUAACCAGGGAGGAUCGUACAUGAAUGGAACCCUGCCUUAUUGGGGCGCCAAUGUGCCCUCGCAGAACUCGACCUUUGAGUUGGGUAGCCGGUGGAAGAAGAUUUCGUUUGCUUCGGUCGAGGAGAAGGAGACGAUUUUGGAGUAUUUCAAGUAUGCUACUCCGAACCCGUACUAGAGAGGCAUGAUGCUUCCUGAGUUGGGUUCUGAUUGACUGGUAUUUUCCCAUGCCUUGUUCGGCCUGUGUGUCACGUCAUUGGUGUCUAGCACCAAUUAUGAUUCCAGUGAGGAAUUGGAUAGAUUUCUGCGAGACAUUCC